AUGGCCAAAAAACGAAAGCUUCGAUCUUCCGACCCCGAACCCACCAAGCCACUCGAAGCCGAACCAAAACCUGAAGUAGCCGAAGCACAACCCGAACCAACUACAGACCAAGAACCAAGCCAUGAAAACAUGGCCGUCGAUGAAGAAAUCGCACCGGUACAAGAAAAUCAACCUCAAAACGAAGAACAAGAAGGUGAAGGAGAAGGAGAAGAACAAGAACAAGUAGCAGAAGAAGAAGAAGACGAAGAGCAACAAGGAGAAGACGAAACCCUAGAAAACCAAAUCCAACAACAAGACGCCGCGGAAGUUUCAAAUCCAACAGCCGUUGAGCAGGCUGAGACGGUGGAAGCUAACGGUGCUGGGGAAACUAACAACGAUGAAGAGGAAGAUCUUGAUUUGGAAGAUGAACCUGUUGAGAAGCUUCUAGAGCCUUUCACGAAGGAGCAAUUACACGCUCUUGUGAAGCAAGCUAUUGAGAAGUAUCCAGAUCUGUCGGAGAACGUUCGUCAGCUGGCUGAUGUGGACCCCGCUCACAGGAAAAUUUUCGUCCAUGGGCUUGGAUGGGAUGCAACUGCGGAAACCCUAACCAGUGUGUUUCAGAAGUACGGUGAAAUUGAAGACUGUAAGGCGGUUACUGAUAAGGCAUCUGGAAAAUCAAAGGGGUAUGCUUUUAUUUUGUUUAAGCAUAGGAGUGGUUGUCGCAGAGCGUUGAAGCAGCCUCAGAAGCAGAUUGGUAACAGAACAACAUCUUGUCAGUUGGCCUCUGCUGGUCCUGUUCCGGCACCUCCACCGAAUGGCCCUCCGGUCUCGGAGUAUACACAAAGGAAGAUUUUUGUAAGCAAUGUGAGUUCUGAUAUUGAUCCUCAGAAAUUGCUUGAGUUUUUCAGACAGUUUGGGGAAGUUGAAGAUGGUCCUUUGGGUCUUGAUAAGAAUACUGGAAGGCCAAAGGGAUUUGCUCUGUUUGUGUACAAGUCUGUUGAGAGUUCUAAGAAGGCUUUGGAAGAGCCAAAUAAGACUUUUGAGGGUCACACUUUGUAUUGUCAGAAGGCUGUUGAUGGUCCUAAGGGAUACAAGGGUCAUUAUCAGCAGCCUCAACAUCACCAUCAUCAACAGCAUCAUUCCCACCAUCAUCAUCACCAGCCUCACUACAAUUCGAGGAAAGAGAAGAACAAGUAUUCCUCUGGUGGUGGGCCAUCACACGGUGGUCACUUGAUGGCACCUCCUGGGCCUGUUGGGGGUUACAAUCCUGGAGUCCCUGCUCAAGGAUUGAAUCCAGCUCUUGGUCAGGCUUUAUCAGCUUUGCUUGCUAAUCAAGGAGCUGGGUUGGGUCUUGGAAAUUUGCUUGGAGGUCUUGGUGGUGCACCUGUGAACCAAGCUGGGCCACCUCCUGCUCCGUAUGGUAACCAGGCUGCUAUGGGAUAUGGAAACCAGCCAGGCUUGCAACCACAGUACCAGAAUCCUCAGCUGGGGCAAAGUGGUGGUGCUAGACCUCAUCCUGGUCCGGGUGGUGCUCCUUACAUGGGUCACUAG